AUUCUUGUGAUUAUUUCUUGAUUGCCUUUUGCGUGCAUCGUACGUACAAGUUAUAAGGAAUUUUCACUGAAUUAUUUUUUAUAUUUUGUGAUUUUCUUUUGUGAAAUAAUGGGUAAAGUGAAAGAAAAUUACUAUGUUCCUAAAAAAACCAAUAGAGACCAGCAUCUUCGGGAAAGUUUUUUUAGAAAAAAAAUAUUGGUCUUGCGAGAACAUUCCUAUGCCAGCAGGAAUGCAGGUGGUGAAAGCUCUAGAGCCAGGUGUUCUUCAGUGUGUUCAAAGAGGACCCAAGAUCAAGAAAACACAAACACACUCUUAUCUAAUAUGAUAUCACCAGUAUCCCAAGACCAAGAGAACAACUGCGUUAUUAUAGAAUCACUGUGUUACGAAAAUGAGCAUGAGACCCCUAUCAUGGACGAAAUAAUUUCAACUGGCAUCAGUGACCCCCUUGACAUCAACCUCGUGGAAGAAAAUAAUCAAUCUACUUCUGGCGCUAACCCUCUACAAUCUGAGCAAGACCCAGCAAUGUCUAUUUUGCCUGAUGAACAGCUUCAUGAGUUCUCAUUUAUAAGCCAAGAGGAAUAUAAUGAAGUCAAUGAACACAUUAUAGAAGUUGAAAGAACACGACGACCAGACUCGACAGUUAUCCAAGGGAACAGAAUUGUUGAUUUGGAGUAUGUAACAUAGAUUUGUAUGGAGCUUCAAUUCAAACAUAGUCAAAGAUGUACUCUUGGACUAUUGAAAGUGCACAGAGAAAUUCGCAAUGGACUUGUCAGCACCAUUGUUUUUUGUUGUAAUAUGUGCAACUUUCAAACAAAAUGUCGUACACAGAAAGGCCUGUGUUUGGGCCACAUUUAGUGGAGGUACUACAUUUAA